AUGCAAAUAUUACUUGAUCAUCAGCUUCAUGAUUAUCUUUCGACCAUUAUACCUAAAUUAUGUAAAGAAAAAAAUGAAAAUAUAAACAUUAUUGAUAAUUUAGUAAUUAAUCAAAUUGCUAAAACAAGUAAUCAAAAACAAUGUCGUGAAUGUGGUAGAAAUGAAAUUAAAAAUUCUAAGCAUAAUCGUAGUUUUGAAAGUUUGGAUAAGACUAAUAAAUUAAGUGUACAAAUGAAGUCAUUCAGUUAUAAAGCUCGAAUGCAACGUAUAAGUUAUAUUAAAAGUAAAUUUGAUUUACCGAUAAUUAAUUCAUCAGAGCUUAUAUGGCCUAUUCCUGUUACUUUUGAUGAAGCACAAUUACAAUUAGCUGAAACUUCCUUGAAAAAGGAAGAGAUAAUAUUCACAAUCGAAACAUUAAUUGGAUCCUUAAAUGAAGCUAAACGGCCACAAUUUAGAGGAUUAAAAUCAAAAAAAAAGGAUGAGUUAUUAACAAUUUUGCAACAGCUUCGAGAUCUUCAUAAUAUGACUAAUGCUGAUGAAAUCAAAGAGGAAGAGACAAUAUAA